UAAAACAUAGUUAUAAAUUCAGGUCUUUCGUUUCGCGUCUUCAGUUUAAUAAAAUGAAGCACACCAGCAAACUAUCAAUUUUCUAUGGGCUGGCAAUUUUGGCUUUGGAAGCACCAUGUAUAUUGGCGGAAAACUCCCAAGGAAACAUAGUUCUAACGGGAAUAGAAAAAUGCGAAGUAGACGGCCCCAUGCCAAUUCCCUGGGAGUUUGAACUGAACAAUGCUGAUGGUGAUGGCCACAAGAAAUUUGACGCUAAGUUAGAUUUCACUGCAUUCGAUUUUAACGAUCAACUGACCUACAAGUUAACCGUCGACCGUUUGAGUGAGGGCGAAUGGGAAAACAAGAGCAACCAAGAAGGAAAUUUGUGCGAUGUCGUUAAGAAGUAUGCCAUGAAAGCAUGGGAUAACAUGAUGAACAUAAUCACGCCUCGGCCAAUUGCAGCGUGCACAGCUCAGAAGGAAAUUUUCGUAUUGAAAGACUUUGAGAUUACCAAGCCAGAACUUCAAAUUCCUCCAAUAUUUGGACAAUUGAGGGCAAUAUUGAAUAUUUACGAUAAAAACGAAAACCACGUGUUUUGUGCAUCUAUAGAGUUGGAAGUAUCUGAUGAAUGAAUCAUAAAUCACACAUCACAAUAAAAUAUAUAUUGAUUUGUAUUA